UGUCGGCAGGCAUGUCCUGGUUCAGCGGCUUGAAACCGGGGGACGUAUUUAGUUUACAAGAGACUCGCAAGCCCAACGUAUGUGUGCUGGACAGGACCACUGGCAGCGUUUGUUAAGUUGCUCUUUUUAACUCGGCACUGGACCAGACAAACCAGUGAUUGGUAUUAUGAGCAGCGACGCUCGCCGUCGGGGUAUGAUGAUGGUAUCCCGCAAUCAACCAAGUCACUGAGACGGACCACACGAUCCACGUAGUCGCCUCGUGACAAGCAUAGCUAGCUGGGGACCGAUGCCAACCAGGACCCUCAACAGGGCAACGAAAAGGAAAAAAGGAACAUUUGUUGGGUAAAGUUUACAAGAUGAGCUCACCAUCUCUCCAAGAAUCAGAUGACAGCGAUAACAUAGGGGAGGUAGCUCCAUACGUCGAUGACUCGGGCAGCACCUCAGGAAGUGACGUGGAGGGGGAGGAGGGGGAGGAGGAGGAGGAGGAGGAAGAGGCGGUGUGUAUAAACAAUGACUUUGAGCCUGGUUUGGAGGCCCUGUGCCAGCAACAGAUUUCUCGUAAGACGGACACAGAAGACCAACUGAGGACAGAUGAAGGUUUACCAGGUGGAGCUGACUGUGCUGCUGUGAUGCUAGGUGACAGGGACGAACUAACACCCACAGAUGAUGCAGCUGAAAAUUGCCACUACGACAGUGGAAAGACGCACCGAUCACGAUCUCCUUCGUGUUUGCAGGGGGCCGUGGCACUAUCGCAAGGUGAAGAACAAGACUUGUCACGUGCUAUAGCAGAAUCAGUCAGCAACGCGUUGUCAUCAGUGGAUACAGAACAGGGUGUAACAAAUAUAGUAAUCAACAACCCACAGGUCCACUUAACAAAGAAAACAGAGGUAGCAAACCUUAACGCACGAUAUGCAACAGUGGGAGGUCAACAGGUGAUCCAGCCAUCAACGUCCACUGACGGUGGAGAAAGACAACAGAACGAUGGAACCAGACCAACAAGGACCCCAAAAGACCCAGCAGUACAAAGGAUAAGAGAUGAGACAGUUUCAGAUAUCCAAACGUGGACAUCUGGCAUGAUCAAAACACAGUUUGUUGAUGACAUCGUGAAGAAGAUGGACGCUGGACAAAACUGGAUCACAGUCACCGGAAAUGCUGGUGAUGGGAAGACAACAGUGGCCUACAUGGUGCUUCAUGAGAUGAUGAAACGAGGGCGAGAAGUGUUUCGAGUGAAGACAGUGGAGCAGUAUCACACCAUCACAAAGAAUACCCACCGAUCUGUCCUCAUGAUGAACGAUGUUAUAGGGGCCUUUGCUCUUGAUAAAAUAGCAUUCAGCACAUGGAAACCUGUCAUAUUCGAUGCCAUGGAAAACAUAUCAAAGGCUAAAGAAUCUGAGCAGCCAAGUGGAGUCAUUUGCAUGUUGGUGCAAAGAUCAAAUAUCCUAAAUGAAGUUGAGCCUUGUCUUGAAAAACAUAAACGUUCCAUACUUGGGGUCGAUGCUGUAACAAACCUAUCUUGUCUGCCUGUAGAGGAGAAGGGUCCGAUGCUAGACUAUCAUCUGAAACAGAAGAAUAUUAAAGACAUACCAGAAACUGAAAAAUUAAAAGUGAUUCAGAGCAGCAUACCAUAUGGAUUUCCACAUUGUUGCAAGCUGUUUGCUGAGUUGAAGUCGGAGGAGAAAUGUGUUGACAUUGUACAAUUUUUCUCCCGCCCUCUUGAGAUUUUGGAUGCCACGACUGGUGCAUAUCUGGAUAACGAAAAAUUAAAAGAUGUGUUCAAGACUCUCUUGAUAAGAGAUGGGCGACUUGAUACCAGUGAGAUAGAAGACGAUGACCAGCGCAGUGGUAUCAUUGAAGUAUCGGCUCCAGUAAUUGGUAGCUAUCUGUCAAACACCAACGGAGUAAUAACAUUUUCACAUCCAUCCGUUUAUGAAAGUGUUGCAAACUGCAUAGGGAAACGUGAUGUGGUGUUCGCGAUCAAAUAUUUUAGUUUCUCUUUCAUAAUGGAGAAAAUGAGGUUUGCGAAGUCACAAAGCCAUGACAGUACUGUUUCAAGAAAUGUCUUCAACAUAUCACCAAACCAACAGAACAUCCAACGUCUUUGCGACAGGUUCACUCUUUCAGUGAUAUACAGACGCUUUAAUGUGCUUCGUCAUCCCUUUUUCCAAAGCGAGGACUUUUGUCGGACCUUCUUUUCAUCCAUAAUUGAAAGGGACAGCUUUUGGAAUAAUUUCAUCUGCCUGUGCUGCAAGGAAACAGGCAGACUGUCUGUCGAUGACAGCAAUGAAUACGGUGAGACUAUGUUGAUACAAGUUGCACAGAGUAGUAACACUACUGCCACCUGUAUCCUCUUGGAAUAUGGAGCAAGUAUAAAUCGGGCAACCACGCAAACGAAGACAGCACUUCACUAUCUGUGUGAGAGUGGUGGUGUUGAUGCAAGUGUUGUAGAACUGAUGCUACAACAUGGCGCUGAUGUUAACAAGGCUGAUGAGCGUGGAAAGACAGCACUUCACUAUCUGUGUGAGAGUGGUGGUGUUGAUGGUAGUGUUGUAGAACUGAUGAUACAACAUGGCGCUGAUGUUAACAAGGCUGAUGAGCGUGGAAAGACAGCACUUCACUAUCUGUGUGAGAGUGGUGGUGUUGAUGCUAGUGUUGUAGAACUGAUGAUACAAAAUGGCGCUGAUGUUAACAAGGCUGAUAAGCGUGGAAAGACAGCAUUUCACUAUCUGUGUGAGAGUGGUGGUGUUGAUGCUAGUGUGGUAGAACUGAUGAUACAAAAUGGCGCUGAUGUUAACAAGGCUGAUAAGCGUGGAAAGACAGCAUUUCACUAUCUGUGUAAGAGUGGUGAUGUUGAUGCUAGUGUGGUAGAGCUGAUGAUACAACAUGGCGCUGAUGUAAACAAGGCUGACAGAGAUGGAAAGACAGUACUUCACUAUCUGUGUGAGAGUGGUGGUGUUGAUGCUAGUGUAGUAGAACUGAUGAUACAACAUGACGCUGAUGUUAACAAGGCUGACAUAGAUGGAAAGACAGUACUUCAGGAUCUGUGUGGGAGUGGUGGUGUUGAUGCUAGUGUAGUAGAACUGAUGAUACAACAAGUCGCUGAUGUUAACACGGCUGACAGAGUUGGAAAGACUGCACUUCACUAUCUGUGUACAAGAAGUGGUGUUGAUGCUAGUGAUGUAGAACUGAUGAUAAAACAUGGCGCUGAUGUUAACGAGAUGGACUGGCGUGGAAAGACUGCACUUCACUAUCUGUGUAAGAGUGGUGGUGUUGAAGCUAGUGUGGUAGGGCUGAUGAUACAACAUGGCGCUGAUGUUAACAAGGCUGACAGAGUUGGAAAGACUGCACUUCACUAUCUGUGUGAGAGUGGUGGUGUUGAUGCUAGUGUGGUAGGGCUGAUGAUACAACAUGGCGCUGAUGUUAACAAAGCUGACAGAGUUGGAAACACUGCAAUUCACUAUCUGUGUGAGAGUGGUGGUGUUGAUGCUAGUGUUGUAGAUCUGAUGAUACAACAUGGCGCUAAUGUUUACACGGCUGAUGUGUAUGGAAAGACAUCAUUUCACUAUUUGUGUGAGAGUGGUGGUGUUGAAGCUAGUGUGGUAGGGUUGAUGAUACAACAUGGCGCUGAUGUUAACAAGGUUGAUUAUGUUGGAAAGACAGCAUUUCACUAUCUGUGUGAGUGUGGUGGUGUUGAUGCUAGUGUGGUAGAGCUGAUGAUACAACAUGGCGCUGAUGUUAACAAGGUUGAUUAUGUUGGAAAGACAGCAUUUCACUAUCUGUGUGAGUGUGGUGGUGAUGAUGCUAGUGUGGUAGAGCUGAUGAUACAACAUGGCGCUGAUGUUAACAAGGCUGAUCUCAAUGGAUAAACAGCAUUUCACUAUCUGUGUGCGACUGGUGAUGUUUAUGCAAGUGUUGUAGAAUUGAUGACACAACAGAGUGCUGUCCUUUCAACGAAGAAUGAACAUAUCGCCAGUAGAGUGUAAGAAACCAUUGUAAAAGACCACAUGUAACCGCUUGUGAUAGAAACAGUAUUUAAUGAAGAUGAAACAGUUCCUACCCUAUUCUUUUUAUAUCAUAUGUCAGUUAUGUCACUGUUAUCCUACUUUUAUGUAGAUCCGUUGAAUUAAUAGGAACUAGAGGUGUGUCAUCACUCACAAUGAGACUAUAGAUCACCGAGACUCCGCCGGGACACAAACUUCUUUGAAAUGAAUUGAGAAAUCAUGUAUUUUCCUGAGAGAAAAAUAUUGUGUAAUGUCUUUAACAUCAUUGUCAUACCAACGUGUUGUCUACAUCUUAUCCCUACCGUCUGAAGUAUGGCAUUUCCUUUUCGGAAUAGAAAACCCUUCAGUUUGUCUGUGUUUGAUCCUUACUAGAUAAUGUAUGGCAUUUCCUACUUUUCGGCAUAGAAAUAAUAACUAUAUAAGUGCAUCACUUAUGAUAUCAGUUUGCAGUAUCCUACAGUGUAUAUACAUUUUAAACAAAUAUAUGUAUUGCGUAAUGAUGCCAACUUAGAGGAAAUAAUGAAUGCGUUUAUAAACAUUUACAGAGAAUGCAUAGUUGUAUCUUGAAGAACUACUCCUGAACUACAAUGUUAUUGUGAAGUUUAAUUCAGCAUACAACAGCAUAUGUCAGCUCAUCUGUAAUUACAAAACAUGCCAGAAGUGUGUUGUUGCGACAUAUAGGUAAACAUUGCCUGGUUCAAAAUAUCCUUCAAUAGAUUGGCUGUUGGCAUCUGUUAUUUGCGAUUUCUACUUAUUUAGUUUUGAUCACAUGUGCCACUCACCGAAGGUAUAUGGAUGACACACGGAGACAGAGGAACUGUUCCCCUUUGUAUGUGUGACACUAGGUAGUGAAUUAUGUGUCUAUUGGCCAGCUUAGGAUUAUGAUGAGUGUCAUCCCCGUUACCAUCAGGAACUGGAACGGUAGGAAUUGUAACCAUCGGGAACUGUAACCAUAGUGACAUCAGGAACUGUAACCAUCCUAACUGAAACCAUCAGAAACUGUAACCAUCAGGAACUGUAAUCAUCAGAACUGUAAUCAUCAGAAACUGUAACCAUAGUGACAUCAGGAACAGUUCAAAUUAAAAUGCACAUGCGUUGCCCCAUUUCUUGCCCUAUAAGAAUCCACCCAGAUUGGAUAACAUUCAUUCGUUUUUGAAUUGCUACAACAUGCCGCGAUUGACAAGAAAUCAGCGACACCAAGCCCUUGGACGAUUGCAAACUGGAAAAACCGCCCGGCAAGGAGCCAAUGCAUUUCAAGCAACGGUACCAGACCACCAACACUACAGAUGACCGACCAC